CCUACCCACGUACAUCCAGAAGGUUAUGGGGAGGUUAUUUCGACUCUUGACUGCAGCAGGAUUUGUUCGCACUCCGAAAGACGGCAGCCAGUCCAACAACCAGCGACCACAGCGAUGGACUCGUCGGCGUGAAAGAUCCACUAUAGCAGAGCGCAAGCGAUCCAACAGGCCUUUUGCACACUGGACGGUUUUGCACCGGUCUUUUGUUUUCCCCAGCUCUGCUGAAUCAAGGACAGAGAUAUCAGACGAAGAUAGGGAAUCCAUGCAAAACGCUCUGACUUGGAUCACACUUGAAUAUCAAGGAUCUGUCGGUGGUGAGCCAUGGAGACAGGGAGGCUGGAGCAGCAGGUGGCCAGCGUGGAGAGAGGCAUUGCCUUCCUGAAACAGGAGCACCUGGCCAUGCUGACUGGUCUGCAGCUGGAGAUCACACACCUGAAGAGGCGCUGCCAUGAUCUCAGCGGUGAGCUGAACUCUAGGUUUCCUGACCGGACCACAGCAAAUGAGGAGGCAGAGCUGGCAGCACGCUGCGAGGCUGCGGAGCGUCUCCUAGAGGAGCAGCAGUGCUUGAUGGUUGCAGUGCGUGGGGAGCUGCGAGCCAGCCGGGCACGAGCUUCAGCACUCGGCAGGAGCCUCAAGGAGGAAGAGCGUCGCUUCCUGGAGGAACUGAAACGCCGGAGCCACAAGAUCACAACGCUGAGCCGUGAGCUGCAACGCCAGACCAUCACUUCAGCGGCCCUCUGCCACGAGCUGCACACUGCACGCCUAAAACUGUACCAGCAACGCCAAAGCAUGGAGGACACUGCCGGAGGGAAGGAGGAAGCCCAAGGAAAAGAGGAAGAAGAAGUAGGAGGUGGAGCAGGAGAAGAGGAGGAGGAGGAGGAGGAGGAAGAGGAAGAUGAAGAGGAUGAAGACAAUGAAGAUGUUGAAGGGGAAGGGUCUGACUGGCUUCUCUCUCCACCUCCUCCAGCCCCUCCCAGCCAAUCAGAGGAGAGGCAUCGGAGGCGUGUGAGUGUGAGGGAGGAGAGGGUCAGAGCUUGUGUUCCGCAGGAGAGAGUGACAUCACCACAGAGGCCACACCCCAUGCCAGACCCCGCCCUCUUCUUGGUGCCGCUCCGAUACAGGCUCCUUCGCUGGAAAAGACCAAUCAGAACGCGGGACUGGGAAGGGCUGGAUGAUGAGUGGGAGGACAUAGAGGAAAGCGGAGUGCACAGGAGGGUGGACAUGGGAGCAGGAGAGGGAGAGACCGCUCUGUGACGAAGCAGAAACAGUCGACUUUGUCUUCCAACAUGUCUUGAAGUCAGCCAACAUCAAACACAGUUCUCUAUCUAUCUAUUUUCAGACAGUUGUUUGCCUUGAGACAGAGGAGAUGUAAAUGACUGGUUGCUUAUAGAUAUCAGGAAGCAAGAUGGAUAGCUGUAGUUGGUUGCACCAAAGUGUUUGAUGUUUCAAACCUACUUCAACUUAAACAUAGAUGUGAUCUAAUUUGUGUAAUUUAAAAUUGUGAAAAAUUGGCUGAGUAAAAAUGACAAAAAAAAAUACACAUCAGUGAUUCUAUUUCAUAUGAUAACCUUUUGAGUUGACACUGAU